AUGAUCGCGCAGAAUUCGCAAGCCGAGCUGCACCUCCUCGCGGUGUCUGCGAUUGUCCGCGAGCUGAUUGAGACGCAUGAGGCGGCUUCAUCGUCGACCGACCCGGUCAAGGCUCCCGACCUCUUCUCGCUGCGCAACAAGUACUCCCGCAAGUACAAGCUGAGUGCGACCCCGCGUCUGACGGAUGUGCUCGCCGCGGUGCCGGAUGAGUGGAAGGACAGGCUGAGGGGAUGGCUCCGCGCCAAGCCUGUGCGAACAGCGAGUGGUGUCGCCGUCGUAGCGGUCAUGUGCAAGCCGCACCGCUGCCCGCACGUCGCCAUGACGGGCAACAUCUGCGUGUACUGCCCCGGUGGUCCCGACUCGGACUUUGAGUACUCAACCCAGUCGUACACUGGCUACGAGCCGACAUCCAUGCGCGCGAUUCGUGGACGGUACGACCCGUACGACCAGGCGCGGGGGCGCGUGGACCAGCUCCGCUCGCUGGGCCACUCGGUCGACAAGGUCGAGAUUAUCAUCAUGGGCGGAACAUUCAUGAGCAUGCCCGAGGAUUACCGACACCGGUUUAUUGCGGGGCUGCACAAUGCGCUCUCGGGGGCGACGGCGGAGGAUGUGGAUGAGGCAGUCCGCUUCUCGGAGCAGGGACGUACGAAGUGCGUCGGUAUCACGAUCGAGACGCGCCCCGACUACUGCCUCAAGCCGCACCUUUCCCAGAUGCUGCGGUACGGGUGCACGCGACUCGAGAUUGGUGUGCAGAGCGUGUACGAGGACGUUGCACGCGACACGAACCGUGGUCACACUGUGCGUGCCGUCAGCGAGUCGUUCCACAUGUCCAAGGACGCUGGGUACAAGAUUGUCGCGCACAUGAUGCCCGACCUCCCCAACUGCGGCGUUGAGAGGGACAUCUGGCAGUUCCAGGAGUUCUUCGAGAAUCCCGCCUUCCGCUCCGAUGGCCUCAAGCUGUACCCCACUCUCGUCAUCCGUGGCACUGGUCUGUACGAGCUCUGGCGCACCGGCAAGUACAAGAACUACCCGCCGAACCAGCUUGUCGACAUCGUCGCUCGUAUCAUGGCCCUCGUCCCGCCCUGGACGCGUGUUUACCGAGUGCAGCGUGACAUCCCCAUGCCCCUCGUCUCCUCCGGAGUUGAAAACGGCAACCUGCGUGAGCUGGCGCUGGCUCGUAUGCGCGACUUUGGCGCCGAGUGCCGCGACGUGCGAUACCGCGAGGUGGGUCUGCACGAGAUCCACAACCGCAUCCGGCCGCAGGACCUCGAGCUGCUCCGGCGCGACUACACGGCGAACGGAGGCUGGGAGACGUUCCUCUCGUACGAGGACCCGGAGCAGGACAUUCUCGUCGGCCUGCUGCGCCUCCGCAAGUGCUCCGAGGAGGGCACGUUCCGCAAGGAGCUUGUCGGCAUGCCUGGCGGGUGCUCGCUCGUGCGCGAGCUCCAUGUCUACGGCACGGCGGCACCCGUGCAUAGCCGCGAUCCCAAGAAGUUCCAGCACCAGGGUAUCGGCACACUGCUGAUGGAGGAGGCGGAGAGGAUUGCGCGCGACGAGCACGGAAGCACGCGCAUUGCUGUCAUCUCGGGCGUCGGCACGAGGGACUACUACAGGAGGUUUGGAUACUGGCUCGACGGACCGUACAUGGUCAAGGAUUUGUAA